GUCAAGAAAGCAAGCGAUAAGCCAAUAAAGAUAAUAAAAUGACCAUUAUAUCAGUAAAACAUGUUGGGGUAUAAAUUAACGAAUACUCAUUGGGACCAGCACUCACUAGCAUUUCUGUCUUCAAGUGAUCACCAAGCCAACGAACAAACAUGGAUUUUGAAACCGCCACCCAAAAAGCCAAGUCCUUCACCAAGACUCCCCCAAAUGAAGUCUUCUUGGAAUUCUACGGUCUCUUCAAACAAGCCACCGCUGGUGAUUGCAAUGUCGACAAGCCCAGCGCCAUUGAUGUCAAGGGUUCAGCCAAAUGGAAUGCCUGGAACGCCAACAAGGGCAUGAGCCAAGAUGCCGCCAAGGCUGCCUACAUUGCUGCCUAUGAAAAAUACGCUCCCCAAUAUGCUUAAAUGUUUGUGAUAAUCGGAAAAAAUUUUGAAAAAUAAAAAUAUAAA